UUCUGGGCGUUCUCCCUCCUGGGCAUGGCCUUCAUCGAGUACAACACCAUCAUGACCGCCUUCGACACCCCCAGCGCUGUCACCGGCGAGGGCGGCCUGAAGGAGGACUACAUGCCGGGAGACCUCGGCUUCGACCCCCUCAACCUCAAGCCCGACGACGAGGCGGCUCUGGACGUGAUGAAGACCAAGGAGCUGAACAACGGCCGUUUGGCCAUGAUCGGCAUCGCCGGCAUGUUGGCGCAGGAGCUGGUCAACCCGGCCGGUAUCCUCGGCUAAGAUAUCCACUUCAUGGGUUGGGGAAUAUUUUGGGAUACAUGUUGAUAGUUUUUUGUUGAUGUAUUGGUGUGAUGGAUCAGGUGUGGUUUUUUGCUUUUUUCUGUGUUUUGUGCAUGCUUCUGGUCCGAGAGGAUGGAAGGUACUUUGGAGAUGCUGUAUACCUACCGUAUCGUUAUCGCUUUGUCUUCCGAUCUUUGAUGCUGAUGUGAUGCGGGUGUUGGUUUGUGCGUGAGACUCCACCUGUAAUUUACUGUGGUAAACAUACCGUCGGAUUGCUGCGUGUCGACUAUUCGUCUCCGAUUCUUUUGAUGCUCCUAUGC